GCUAGCAUUAGCUAGCAGCACGUUUAUCGUAUGGUGCUGCAUGUUAUUACAAUAGUCUUAGCGAGUGUUAUAAUUGUAGUAUUCGCUAAGAUUAUUGGUACUUCAUCCAACAUUAGCUUUAUGGAUACAGACACUUAUCUUUAUAAAUGCUGAAAUUAGGUUGACAUACUGGCUCGUAUAUUUUUCAUUGAAAAGUUGGGAAAGAUUUCCACUGCUUCAAUGACGUAACUAGUCGGUAUCUUUAUAUUUAUAUAUUUACUCGGUAUAUUUGACGCUGUUGCACUAGCCCAAACAAACAUAAUAUAAUACCGUAGUGCCAAUACCACUACAGCGUCACAACACAGGCCACUUUGAUUAAGUGGGUUAUUUCUCUGUUGCACUGUCACUAUUUACUACUACUAUAUUGUUUUGAGUUUAUAUUGAUAAACGUUACAAAUAGUUAGGACUAUAGACCGGCGCAUCAGUCAUCACAAUCACAACAAACUGAAGACGAUCACGAGUUUUUCUUUCUUUACUUUGGUGGAAUACCGUACAUCUCAACUUAUUCCUCCAAGUCGAGUGAGGAAUGUGCCUAUUGAAACUUUACAAAUAAAGGUGUAAUUACAAUAAAAUAUUUUCAUUAUGGGAAAAUGAUAUUUUCUAGGCAAACUAAUAGAAAUGAGAAAUGUUUUGGUUGAACUUUCAACACGAUUCAAGUUUGUAGAAAAUCCCAUGACAUGUAUUGUGUAGGGGCGUCACAAGACGAUACACGAGAUUGGGUCGACGAGAAGGAGACAAGAUUUUAACAUUACACAAGUACAAUUAAAAAAAUCUUAACAAAUAUAUGACAAUGUAUUGCAAUUUACAAAAUUAAUUUCUAUUAUGUUACACUCUUCUGCACUGUGUGUGUGUGUCUCCCCGCCUCCACCCACAUAGACAAAGAAACUGUAUGACUGACAAAAGCCGUUGUUCUAUGGAACAAAUGUGCUAAAACCAAUGUACAGAGUGAACCCUCUUCCCCUGCCUGUUUGGAGGCGAGAGAUGAGGAGAACAAACGCAUGCACAUGGCAAUAUAUCGAGGCCGGCAAACGGAUCAAGGUCAUUGUCAUUUAUUAUAGUAUGCCUUCAAGGCAAUCAACCAGGGAGGACUGACCUCUGUAGCAGUCAGAGGGAAGGACUGUGCUGUGGUCGUCACCCAGAAGAAAAUCCCAGACAAGCUGCUAGAUGCCGGGACAGUCACACAUCUAUUCAAAAUAACAGAGAACAUUGGGUGUGUAAUGACCGGCAUGACGGCUGACAGCAGGUCUCAGGUGCAGAGAGCGCGAUAUGAAGCAUCCAACUGGAUGUACAAGUACGGCUAUGAGAUCCCUGUUGGCAUGUUGUGCAAGCGCAUGGCUGACAUCUCACAAGUCUACACACAGAAUGCUGAGAUGAGGCCGCUAGGAUGCUGCAUGAUGGUGGUGGGAGUGGAUGACGAAGUGGGUCUGCAGCUGUUUAAGUGUGAUCCAGCGGGCUACUACUGCGGUUUCAAAGCCACUGCAGCUGGAGUGAAACAGACAGAAGCCAUCAGCUUCCUGGAAAAGAAAGUCAAGAAGAAACCGGACUGGAGCUAUGAACAGACCAUAGAGACGGCCAUCUCAAGCCUGUCCACUGUCCUGUCCAUCGACUUCAAGCCCUCAGAGUUGGAGGUGGGGGUCGUCUCCACCAAAGAACCUCGAUUCAAGAUUCUCUCAGAGUCCGAGAUCGACACUCACCUGGUGGCUUUGUCAGAGCGAGAGUGAGACAGUCACAAGUCUGAUGGUGGAUGGAAUUCUCUUUCGCAAGAUGAACACUUUGAUAUAAGUAGGGUGAAUAUGUAACCCGCUUGUUUUUGUUUCUUUUUGCACUUAUCCAGGACUGGACAAAAUAUGACCAUAUUCUUCUACCAAUGCCACCUUUGCAUACCUGCAAAAGUUACCUUAUCUUGUUCUUUCCCUUUCUGACUGAACAUGUGUUGAUGAGCAGCAUCUUCACAUGGAAACAAUGCUUUUUCACCAUCUUGACUCAGGGUGAACAACAAUAUGGCGCCUCUGAGCCUCAACUCCUCUGCUUUAUUUUGCAGUGCCAGGUUGGUGUUUGUAAUCACAUAUAUUUAGUAAUAAUGCAGGGAAUAGAUGAUUUAUCCUUCCAAACUUGUCCGCUACGGUCAAUCUCAGCAGGAACUCACUAAUUACUUCAUUGCGGAGUUUUCCUUUUCUGUGCCUGGAACCUUUGCUGCCUUAGUCUUGAUAUCAAUCUGACAGCAUGCAGUUCAUUUACUGCUGGUGCUUUUGGAGCAGAGUUGUUCUUCAUGUUGGUAAGUGGAAAUGAGGAGCUUAAUGUUCUUGUUCUUCUUGAAAUAAAUAUCUUGUUGAGAAAUAUUAAAUUGAA